CCGGCCCGGCGGCUGCGGGAGGAUGCGGCUCUUCCUCCUUGCCGCUACUUUCUGCGGACUGUGCCUGGCUCCAGGUUUCGGUUUACAAAUACAGUGCUACCAGUGCGAGGAGUUCCAGCUAAACAAUGACUGCUCCUCUCCGGAGUUCAUUGUGAAUUGUACAGUGAACGUUCAAGAUAUGUGUCAGAAAGAAGUAAUGGAGAAAAGUUUUGGAAUCAUGUAUCGCAAAUCCUGCGCGUCUUCAGCAGCGUGUCUGAUAGCUUCUGCUGGAUACCAAUCUUUUUGCUCUCCAGGGAAAGUGAACUCUGUGUGCAUCAGCUGCUGCAACACUCCGCUCUGCAAUGGACCCCGGCCGAAGAAGAGGGGGAAUUCUGGUGUGAACCUGAGGGCACGCGUGAUAACCACCGCUCUGCUCCUUAAAUUAUCUCUCUUGUUUUUGUAUUGCUAAACUUCGAGCAAGUUUCUUGUCCUGACGUAAUUUAUUCUAUCUCCUCCUUUCUUCAAAGACACUGCAAUUAUUUUUAUUUGUUUUUAAGUCCCUAUCAACAGCGAGGGAAGUUCAGCAGCUGUGGGGAAAGAGGCUGAUACUUCUGGCAGCUAAUGCAGAAACCGGAACACAGGAAGUUCCAUCCUAAUGCAAGGAAGAACUUUACUCUGGAGCACUGGAACAGGCUGCCUGGAGAGGUUGUGGAGUCUCCUCUAGAGAUAUUCAAGACCCACUUGGAUGCUUUCCUGUGUGACCUGCUGUAGGGAGCCUGACUGAGCAGGGGGGUUGGCCUCAAUGUCUCUAGAGGUCCCUUCCAACCCCUAAUAUUUUCUGUGAUUGUGUGAUUCUGUGAAUUCUGUUAGCAGGUUGAGAUUUUUUAAGUGCACACUGGAAAUUCAACAGCAGGAUAUGGAACUCCUGUUCUUUUUGCAUAACUGGAACCAAAUCCAUUGUAUUAUUAAGAUGUAGUCAAGUCCUUGGCCACUUCAGUUCACGUGUUUUGAUGUUCAUUGCUGCCCACUGCCUUAUGAAGUCAUACUUCAUGUUCACAAAGGCCAUUCUGUGCAUCUGGGCCAGGCUUUGAGCUCGUCUCUAGUGGCACUACUUCCAAGCUGUGCUCCUGCAAUUCAAGAUCUGGCUUCUGCAGACUGCAGUCGGGGUUGGCCUCAUUCUGAGAAGUACCUAAACCUUUGCUAUUGCUCCUUGUGGAAGAGCUGCGCUUGGAGGAAAUGAAGAGCAGUGGGCGUAGAGACCGGCUGCUCCUUGCUCUGGAGCUCAGGUUGGCUCUGAGGAACUUCUCUUUGUUGGCGUGCUCUAUUGUCAGGUGGCAGCGGAGGACCUGCAGAAACACACUGCGGAACUGCUGAGAAGAGAUGUUGUACAGCAGGGGAUUCACCACGGAACUGAGAUAGAAGAAAAUAUCAGCGAUGGGAAGGAGAAUGAUGUAUGCCCUGAAGUAGGGGACGGUCCAGUCCUGCUUUGGUUUAGCAGCAGCCAUGAUCCUUCUAAUCUGGUUCGGCAUCCAGCAUAUUGCCAAGGUUGCAACGAUCAGUCCUAUGAGCAAAAAGAGGGAGAAGUGUGAAUACUUGGGUGGGGGGGAAGCAUAUGGUAUGAAGUAUCAGUUCUGCACUUACUUGUUAGGAAAUAAUACCAAUUUUUCACUGUUUUGCUUAACAGCUUUUUCUGCCAGCAGCAUUUUUUGUUUGUUUGGGUAACUUACAAGGUCAUUGCAGCGUAUAAAAUGCUACGACAAAAGACUGCACAGUGCUUGGAUAGUGGUCCUUUGUACCUGUUUUCAUUUAUUUAUUUUCCAUGUUCUUUCAUCAAUACCUGUAUCUUUGGAAAGAAUGGAUAUUUGGUUUGCUCUGCAUUCCUACAUUUCUUAUGUUUUUCCCUUUGCUUUGGAAAAGCAAACAAAAUAAAUAGAACCGAUAGCCAUAUAAGAUCAGGCAAUACCCAGAAGAGAUCAGAUUCUUGUUUGUACUUGACAAAAAAAAAAAAAAACAAUGCA